GUGUGUGUGUGUGUGUGUGUGUGUGUGUGUGUGUGUGUGUGUGUGUGUGUGAGGGGAGGGCUGGUUCUGCAGCAGCAAACUGUGGCUGCAGGUGAAGUGUGCAGGACUUUACACCAACGUUUCCUCUGAAAUCUGCAGGGUUUUUUUUCUUUCUUGCUGGUUUUCAUGGCUCUACUCACAAAUGUCGCCGUCCUGCUGCUGCUGGCUUGUUUCUCCCAUCAGCUGAUGUUGAGCAGCUGUCAGAAGAGUCAAGGACGGAGGGGGAGAGGGGUGGACAGAGGACAAAACAAGGACAAAACGGGGGUGAAGGUGGGCCGGCAACAACCCAAAUCUGUGUCUGCACAGCCCAUUAAAGGCAAAGUGGUCACUAAGGGCGAGUUAGAGUGUACCUGGGCGGCGACAGGUGAUGAUGUCUUCAUCCUGGGGGUCUCCUGCAAAAAGGGAGGAAAGAGCUUCAGCUGCGAGUACGUCUCCAGACCGACUCUUUGUCCCCAGUAUGCCUCAGACGCCAAACUCUACUGGAAGCAAAUCGCCCGGGCUCUGAAGAAGCAGAAGAAUUUGUGCCAGGACGGUGCUGCGUUGGUCAGGGCGGGGAUGUGCAGGAGAGCUGACAGAGGAGCUCACUUCAGACUCCGUAACACACAGAGGAAAAAAAAAACUGAUCCUUCUCCUCCUCCGUCCCCGCAGCCUGCACCCGGAGCUGUCAAAUCCUGUCAGUCUGACAACAUGAAGCUGGCAGAGGAGUACUGCAACAGGUCCUGGUCCAGUGUUUGCACCUUCUUUUUUACCAUGGUGCAGGAUUAUGACUGCUGAGACAUUAAGAAAAAAAUCAACAACUGGAAUAAAGUCACAUCGA